CCCUAGUGUGUAGAUACAAAAUUUUUUAAAACUGCACAAAGGAUACGCGUUUCAACACAGAAAUAUUAAAAUUUUCACCGUGAAAUACUGAAUAAAUAUUUAAAUUAAUAUAAAAUUAAAUAAAUAUAUUUAUUGAAAAUUCAAUUGUAAUGCGCGCACAUUUUGCUGGUGAUGUUGCCAUAGCUGAGCACCCAACAGAUGCUGGCGACGAUAGCAUUGAUAAAAUUGAGGCCGAGGCAGAAGCGUUGGAUACACGUAUCGAUGAAUUUAAGCAGGACUCCAAGAAUAUGGAGGUCGUAUCGGAGUUCAUUGAUGAUGUGCUGCAAAAGGCCGAGGCAGAGGCUGUUAAGCAGCAGGGUGGUCAAAAUGACAAAGUUUCGCAACAGCCAAAGGAGAAAACGCGUCAGAGUUUUACUAUACCAGAUUUCAAGAAUGGCAAAAUGGUGAAUCGUGCACGUGGCUUGGUGGUGCGCAUUUUCGACGCCAUCUGCAAUUGCGCCAACACAGCUGCCGGUCCGGCGCAACGCAUUAAAUUACGCGCCAAACGUGCAGCUUCGAACGCCGCAGCGUCAGCCACGGAAAAUGGCACCGAGGGUAAGAAACAGAAUGCCAAUGGCAAAGAGAAAAAGAGUGACAAGAAGCAGAAGGAUGCUAAGACGGCUAAAGAAGAGGUUAACGGAGAAGAGGCAACCGCCGGCAGCGAGGCACUAGCUGAGGACGGGAAAACGGAAGCGCAACCAGAUGAGUCAGAUAAGAAGCAAGAAACGGAAGCAGACAAGCAACAGUAAUUACGUAAAUAGGAGGGAAAUGCGUGUGAGUAAUAAGUAAACAUUGCCAAUCAUUUAAUUUAUAUUGCUUUAAGGGAGUGAGUGUGAGGCAGUCUAAGGCAUUUAGGCAAGUGGGCGGAAAAGGCGAGAUCAAUUGGUGGGAGAACGUAAACAUUGAGUUGCAUGCAUUAGAAUGGAAAGCGUUUUUAUUCUUUAUAUAAUAUUUUAACAUUAGUGUUACCAGUAUUAUGCUUAAGCUAAGAUCGAAUUGGUCAAUUUUGAUGCAUUUACAUAGGAAUACGCUUAUACGCAAUGUACCUAUGCUAGUAUAUACAAAAAUACGUAUACAUAUAUACAUAUGUGCGUAAGCAUUUCUGCAAUAAUUUGCUAUAAUUUCCAUUUAAGCGUUUCCUAUCAACCAUUGCGACUUUUCUUCCCACUUACCCACCGCCGAUGAUACUUAUCUAUAAUCCAUAAUAAUAAUGAAAUAUUGAAUUGCCGUAUUUAAUAAGAAAAAGUUAAGUUAAGGAAAGUACAUAUAUACAUACAUACACAUUCUAUGCAUCCACUCAAAGGUUUUCCAAGCUCACGUGCAGCUCAAGUGUUGCAUUUAAUUUGCACAACUACUUACAUAUAUACAAAAAAUAUAGAAUUUCUAAAUCAGAAUCGAUGUCACUCAACCCACAAAUAAAUUAACUAUACCAAUGUCCACUUUUUAAAUACUUAUACAUAUACAAUACAUAUAUACAAUUUGUAUGUUUCAAAAAAAUCCACCGCUCAAAAUAGACCUUAGAUACAUAAGAGUAAUAGAAGGAGUAGUACUUGCAUUGAAAAAAGACGGCGUAGUCGAGUGAAACAAAAAAAACCUGAAUUUUCAAAUGAUAGAAAAAGUAAAAAAGCUUUUGUAAAAAGCGGUAACGCUGGCAAAUAUUAUACUUACCCGACUGGAUUUCUACUAUGGAAAAGUUGCACAUAAGAGCAUCUGCUUCACGUAGGUGGCGGAAACUCUACCCCUCCUACUCGUAAUGGAGGGGCAUUCGUAUAUAAAUUUUAAGACUUCCACUAAAAACUUUAAGAGAUGCUCGGGCACACUAUUAGGGAGUAUCCACCAAUUAUAUUGUAUUCUGCUUCUUGAUUGGCGCGAUAGCCGCUUACGAGAUUUUGGCUCAAUGCCAUGUAACACUUCCGUAAAAUUUUUUAACUUUCGAUAACGGAACAAAAUUGUGGGUGCAUCCAUUUGUAUGGAAAAACUAAUACGAUGGCAGGGGCAGCGUUUAUAAGUGCUCGUUAAGUGUCCUUAGAAACGUUCGUUUGUAAAAUAGUUAGGUCACAUCAAGGCACAUCUACAAGGUGGUAACAAUGGCAUGUAUUGUGUUGUCUGUUGUUGCUUGAAACCUCUAGACCAAUGAUUGGCAGCCAUAGCUCAUUGUGCGCUCUCUGAGUAUGCUGCUCUAUGCAAAAGCGAAGUAAAAGGUAAACAAAGUUUCACAAUUUAGAGAACACUUUAAAUUAUAAAAAUGCAAGAAUCGUAGAAACAAGAUGGCGCCCAUCAGGGAGUGCACUCUCUGAGUAUGCUGCUCUAUACAAAAGCAAAGUAAAAGGUAAACGAAGUUUCAUAAUUUAGAGAACAGUUUAAAUUAGAAACAAAAUUGGGCCCAUCAGAGAGUGCGUAACAUCACAUCGGUGCAGUUGCAUGAGAUGGAUGAGAAAAUGCGAACAAGAAUGCAAGAAGAAGAAUAAAAAAUGACACAAACAACACACGAAUGCAUUGCUCAAGUGCAACGUCACGCGCACAGCGAUUCUGCUUAACUCGCUGAGAGCAAAGUAAAAGGCAAACGGAAAAAGUUUAACAAUUUAGAGAACUGUUUACAUUAUAAAAAUGCAAGAAUAAUACAAACAAAAUUGUGCUCAUCA